GUGUAUAGGAGUACGAGAGCGAAUGACGUUCGGGUUCCGGACGGAGUGGCAGCAGCAUAGUAAAAACUUCGUACCAAGAUCUGAUCUUAUUCAGUGCCUGGAUAUCCUCCGAGUCGUUUGAAGGCGUUUUUCUUUGCGUAACGAACGCCAUGUGUUAAUUGUUCUGUUCAAGUUAUCAAAAACUUUGUGCAAGACAAUUUGAUUUUCUUCUGUGUAUCCGGUUUGGUUUUUGGUACGCGUUUUUCACUUUGAAGAAUCAGUUACUUGCUUUCAACGGGAAAUUAUCCAGCGAAAUAGAGAACAGAUUGUUUUUUUUUGAGGAAAAUAUAAUCGCUUCGUGCAGUUUAGGGUGUUUUACAAUACACAAAAGUGAAUAAAGAAACCCUACGGUUUAACGUGAUACGAAUUUUCCUGGAAAAGAAAAAACCGAACUUUUGUUUCGUGGAAAAAUAAAAUGUUACUAGAAGCUUGGGGGGAGAAAAAGUGAAGCUAUAAAAAUUACUACGUAGAGAAAGUGUUAGAGAGAUCCAAUUCUUCGCACAUAUCUUAGAGUACGCAUAAGCAACAAGUAGGAAAAGUUAUAAUUAAUUGUUGAAUUAGCUUGGUGUCUCCGUGGGAAAGCUGUGAGUAGAAAAUAAACGCGGUUUCAGACAGUAUUAAUUUUGUGCAAAAAAAAGUGGCACGGAUCGAAAUGAUUUAGAUCGCGUGUUUAGAAGUUAUGCUGCUUGUACCCAAUAAGGAUAUGGCUGACGAAGAAAACGAAAAUCUGUGCGUGAGAGUGUAAAGGCAAAGGUAUUACCCAUCACAAGAAAUUGUAAAACAUAUACGUACAGCUUAUCGUCUCUCUGCGGGGAGGCCCGAGUACUGGGGGAGCGGCAUAAGCCACCAAUUGAGUUGUUAGGUGGCCGAGAGUGAGGAGUGAGGUUUAGUUCAAAAUACCUUUCGAAAAUAGAAGCAAAAGAAACGACUGCGAUUUGACCGUCACCAACAAAACCGCUCAUAAUUGCUUUGUGGUGCUGAAAAUCUGAACCGUGCCUGCGGAUUCCGAACGAGGGCAGGAGCGAAGGUAUUUCCAGCUGUCGAACGAUAUGGCAAGCGGUCGAGCACGCCUGCCUCCGACUCCACAAGCCAACAAUAGCGGUAAUGGUAGUGCAAGUAGCUCUCGACAGCUAGCUGAAAUGCAUACAAACAACAAUACCUAUGCACUCGGUGACGAAAGGUCCGUGCAGGACGUGGACCCUUCGCAGAUGCUGGAAAAUCUAACCGAUCACGAACGUCAGAUUAUUCUGAACGUUCUCAAUCGGGACGAAAACGUACGCCAAGCAGACGCGGCACGGAUCAUGCUCCUGCGGGCCGAACUAUUCCAUUUGCGGAAGAAAGGUAACGUGAAGGCCCUGGUCGGGGGUUCCCUCGAUCGGCCGAACUAUAUCGAAUCGACCCGUUCCUGCUCGCGCUGUGCCGCCGAGCUGGGAAGGAUCAUCAACCGAGGAGCACCGUGUCGUUCCUGCCGGCUGCGGGUGUGCAAGGGGUGUCGGGAAUUCUCCACUCGCACCACUGACUGGGUAUGCGUAGUGUGUCACAAGCAAAUAGAGCUGCAAGCCGCAAGCGAAGACUGGAUGAGUGAUUACGCUGACGGUGACAUCCGCAGAACCUCGGUCAUCGCAACCAAGGACUACCUGCCGGCGUCGGAUUUGAUCAAAAAGAGUAUUCGACGCUCCUGGACCAUAUCAAACGCGGAAGAUGAUAGCCGACAAACUGGAGAAAACGCAGACCCACAGCAAUAUACACAUUUACCUCGCAAGCAAUCGCAGAGCAGUUAUCCGUCGCUGGUAAGGUUCCCGUACACAAAACCCGGUACCAUGGCAGAGUAUGCACAGGAGGACGAGUUCGAUAACGAGUUGCAUCCUCCGAUGGGACGUCGAAUGCCACGACAAUCAACCCUUCCGAAUCCGGACGCCGGAAUGUACUACGGCAGCAACAACAACCUGAUGCCACCGGUUGUUUCACCGAAACAGCUCAGUCCCAGUCCCCAGUACAGUCCCUAUCACACCGACAAUGAGAACGACGAUGCCGAUGUCCCACAGCCGCAGGGCUCACCAGUGGCGGCGCGGUAUAAAAUUCGGAGACAAUCAACACUACCUUGUAGGCCAAAUGAGAACCAUGAGAUUGGACUUAAAUUGUUAUCCACUUCGCCAAACAGUAGAACGAACCUGUAUAGCCGAUCGCCGGAUAAACCCGACGGCGAUCCUUCCCCGAGAUAUCCACCGUUUGUACGUCAGUCAACAUUUCCAUCCAACUCCAGUGAUCCAUUUUUCCUGCAAAUUCAGGCUCAUUCACAGCAACAACCGCAACAGCCACCACCACCACCAUCACAAACUGGCCAACAGCGCCAACUGCCCACCUCACCCAAUCGGAUGUUAUUUAACAAGUCCCCCGACAGUGGUGCCGAAUCGGCUGGCGACGGUGGAAGCUCCGGCAACUCGUCGAUACCCCGCCGUUUUCAGAUGACCAGGCAAGCCACACUACCUAAUCCUGAACAGCACGUGAAAUUGCUUCCUACAUCCCCUCCCAAAAAACAGCUCUCUCCGCACAGUAUCAAACGCUCACCAGAGUUUGCACGUCAAAGCACACUUCCGGCACCAGACAGUAUGAACUCGCUCUCGGUUCAUCAGCACGGACCAAAAUUCAUGCCUAUCUCACCAAGACAAAAGCAAUCUUUUUUAUUUCCACAACCAGCACCAGCACCACGUCCUUUUCUUUCACAACAGCAUUUCCCAACGAUGGCCGAUGAGUCAUCAACGACACCCCAGCAAAACCCAAGCACUCCGAGCGGUGGUGUUGGCGGCACCGUCGGAACUGUUGGUCCACACCAUUCUUCCAAAAUGAUCAAAGUUCGUAGCCAUAGUAAUGAAGAGUACAGUCUCAAUAGAGGGCCCCACGCGCCUGUGAUCGGAGCUGGGGUUCCAAGUGAAGGACGAAGGUUGCUACCAGAAAUUCCGAGCAUUCGCUCGCCAAGACUGGUACGUCAAGAACACGUUAGAGAAGACUCAGUAAACUCAGAAAAACGAUCUCCCAAACAGAAAACAUUUGCUGAAGCGAAACAAGCGAUGAUGGACGAAUACGACCUAACGAACGACUCGACGAUGCAGCUUAAUUUCGACGAGGACGAGGAAGCGAGCUACUAUAACAACGAGGAAUCAUACGAUACCUAUAACGUGGAUCGAAGGCUACGCAGCGGUAUGACGCCGGCCAGUACGAUCAAAAGUGCCGAAAGCUUCCUGAACGAUUCGAGCCCGGAGUACUUCUAUCCGGAUGAUUACCUAAAGCAGGGGAGCAACAACAAGAAGGAGGGGCGAUUACGUCGCCGGAAAUCGAGGGAUCUUCCGAACGAGCCGGAAACGGUUGCAUCAUCCAACGAUGACGAACCAGUCCGACGCAAGCCGGAAACGAUGCGUUCAAUCUCCGAGGAAUCGCCGGGAAAUAAAUCCGUCAAACCCACACCGCGACGCUCGCUGUCGCACCCGGAAAAGGACACACAGCAAAUGCAGAGCGCAAAAAAAACGGAAAUCACCAAGAUCCCGUCACCUCGCCCACUGGCGGAAAUCCUCGAGAGAGCGCAGAAAUCCUUCAAACUACCAUCGCCUCGCCGCAAGGCAUUCAAAUCACUGGAUCAGGCAUGCGAAUCGGAUUUAAUCAAUGGAUUCCAACCGAAAGCUAAUCAGUUAGCAGCAACAGCACCGCAACUAACCGCAGCGCCACCGACAACCACGGGAAGCACCGGUAGUGUUGGCACAGUUGGCGCUCGACCCGGUCCUCGGAAAAUAUCCGCUUUCCAACAGAUUCUUCAAAAUCAACGACUGCAGAAGCGCGACUCCAAGAGUUUAGACAUCGUGGCGUCAAAGCUGAUGGAGGAAAAAUAUGGCGGCUACCCGGAGACGGAUGAAGAUAAAUCUAAAUCGCUGGACGAUGGCAUCUUUUGCGGUGAUAAAAACAGCGACGACAACAGCAGUGAUGAACAGAUUAAUCUGAUUGAUAAGAAGCAACACAAGACCCAUCUGGGAGAGCAGGAAAUUCAAAGUGCCGUGGAAGCCGCGGCUGUCCUUUUCAAGAAGGUGGUACUCCAGAGGCGAGAGGAGAAACGCACUAAAGACGAGGGUGACUACUGCUUCAACCCACGUCAUCACAAACUGCCACUGCUGUAUCAGAGCAGUCCCGGAGCCACCAGAAGGCAGCUGCUGUACGACGACCCAACGGCAGGCUCAUCGUCUUCCGAACCCGACAGCAAUCUGGCCAAGCUACCGUUCACGGACUGUGAUGACUACCGGUUGGUGUUCAUCAGUUCCGAUUCGUCCAGCAAGGAGGAGGAAUGUGACAGCAGCUCCACCACGUCUUCCGCUUAUACACGGCACAGCAUCGCACUAGACGACUGUGAUUGGGAUUAUUUCGAGCCGGGAAUAAGCACAACGAAAACGCUUUUGUACGAUAUUACGACAACGAACCAGCAGCCCCACAGGAACACACCCCGGAAGAGAUCCCUGGUGCAGUCGUCCCCACUUACCUCCCCAAUGCUGUACCGGAGACAGCGCAGCGGUUCCUUCUACUCGACCAAUCCUGCCUAUGACACUGGGACGGAUGAUGAAUUUUUAACGCACACCGAGUCCUCCUCUUCGCCCACUAGGAGUGAAGGUUUUUUGGAAAAUUUUGAAGAGUAUCGAAAUCUGCAAAAAUUCAAGGGCGAAGUGUACAAGUGCGAAUGUGGCUUCAAAACCCAUUUCGUCCCGAUACCGGUCCCAGUGCCCAUUCCGGUGCCAAUAUCAACAUUUCACAGUUGGUCACAGAAGGAACAAUUGAAAACCAUCCUGAAAGAGCAAAGCCAGAACGAGCUGAUCAAACAGCUCUGGAAAAACUGUACCGGCAGUGAGGGUGCACUGUUCGAAUUUAAGCCUAAUAACGGGACCUGCAUGCAUUCAUCUAUGUGCUGCCAUCAUCAUCAAAAGGGAAUGAAGAAACCUAAAAUUACCACCGAUAGUCAGGAAAUGGACCGAAAGAGUUCUGGCCAGCAGCACAUCGAAACGAAAGAUUCAUCGGUAAAUCAAUCUGUGCAGCAGCAGCAAAAGCAGCGGCGAGCUCGCGAAAGCGAAGAUGUUGAUGAACAGGUACGCGGUAAUGGAAAUAGUAAUAACACUGCCAGUGGUGCGAGUGGUUGUGCAGUGAGUGGUGUGGCAGCUUCUCUUAACGAAAAGUUGUUUCGCAACCGCGAUUUCCCUAGCAGCAGCAGCAAUAGUGCGAGUAAAAGUAAAAUUGAUCCACUGGCUAGUGCCGAACUGACCGCUGCUGUCAGCACUAGUUUGGACCGGGUAGCUCCCUCUCUUUCGUCGUCGUCGUCGUCGUCGGUUGGCAAUGAUCUGCCCGUACAAGGAAGAACAGAUAAAGAAUUAAAACCCACGGCAGCCACCACGGCUACAGUGAUUAACCUCCACGAAAAUGUCAGCGGCAAUGAAAAUUCGCUGACCUCGGGCGAAGUACAAGAGCAGAACUUUAAUAGCAGCAGUAGUAGUGGCGACGAGAAAUUAUGUGAAAAGCCUAAAAUUAACAAAAGAAACCCUAUAGUGCACCACCGUCGUAGUCACGAAGCCAUUAAAAAUGAACAACCACUUGUGAGCGUGCAAGUGCAAAAACCUGUAACGAGACAGUGUAGUGUGAGUGAAUCGGUCAUAACUGUAGUACGGCGUGAAAAAGAAAAACAACAACCACAACAGCCGCAAAUCCACGAAGAGCCAGUGAACCAGUUUGACGACAGUGGUAAUGCAACAACAGUACUGCCGUGUAAUACGUACGAUGACAUUGCUGCUGCUGGUAGCGCACUUUCCUGCGGCAGGGCAAUUUCAGUGUCCGAGUUGAGUGGUGUAGGAAAACGGAGAAAUUAUGCUGAAACCUCGAGUGGUGAAAUAGCACGCGAGCAAACUGCCACUCCUAGCCAGGUGACGUGUGAUGAUAGUACUUAUCGGUUGCUUGAUAACGACAGUAUGAUAACAGUGGGGCCGCUGGAAGAUGCGGAUAAACCUGUAGCAGUAGUAGUGGAAGAAGACAACGAAUUGACGGGUUACCUGUUGUCAGAAAGUCGUUUUAGUUCGUCGCAAUCAUCCUUGGCCAGCAGCGAGAACGAGGAUAUGACCGAUAAUCAUCUGUCCCGAUCCGUGCAGCGCAACUAUGAUGUUACAGGUGAGCCAGUGCUGCUGAAAGUGAAAGGUCUUCCCGGUAGCGGUGAAGACACUGAUUCUACGACAUCCUACAGCUCCUGUUCCGAUGACACGGACAGUGAUGAUACGGGAACAAUCGCCGACCGAAGACCGGCUGGAUCGAGAAAGUUUUAUCAGGUGAUGGUGGUAAAUUCAGACUCCGAAAUCGAAUCCAACGAUUCGGACAUUUCCAGCAGUACAUCCUCCAAUUGUCCCACCAAUCAGGAAGUCAAUACCACCGUAAAGCUCGUCGAACCAAUCGAAGAGGACGACGGAAUUGUCCUGAAACACGUUAGACGGGUUGAUUCCGAGGAUGAGAAGCAAAGUGAAAGUGAAGAUUUCAAGCCAGAGAUUUCAAAAGAGGUUCGAAGCGAUCAAACGCAAAGUUUACCGGAAAAUUGUCCGGAACCAAAAGUGCAGCUGCAGCUGAAUGAUGAUGUUCCGAUGAUGUUCGCAGAAUUUUGCGAAAGCACUACCGCCAGUGAGGAAAAAGCUUCCACGCCAGCAAAUAGCGACGAAAGCUCGCUGCACGGUGUGAGUGAGCCAAACAUAGAACAGGCGGACAGUGGAGAAAACAUCGAAUCACCCCAACAACAAGUGGUGCCAAACGAUCAACACCAACACGAGCAGGUAGAAGAACUGAACACCAACAUCACAAACAGCGAACAAUGUAAUGCAAACCAAAACAAACAGAACGUGCUCUCCGCAGGUGAGCAGCAGCAGCAGCAAUCGCAUAGAAGCAUAGAAGAAACAGAAACGAUUUCACUACUAUUACCACCACCUCUGCCAGCCUCAGCGCACGAUCAUUCAGCAAACACAAAGCCAACCUCAGUAGUAAGCGAACGAUCGUCCAACACGGAUGUAAAUAAUAGUCACGCAGCAGCAACCUAUGCUGCUAACAAUCGCUAUAAGAGUUUAGUUUUGAUUGGCCCCGACAACGGUACAAUUUCGAUGGCAACCGAGUCAUCAGUACCGUCGUCAUUGCAGCAGCAGCAGCAGCGGGCUGCCGUCGUGAGUGAUCAUCAUUCUCACGUGAGUAUCGUCACGAGUCACACCACUCGUAUCGUGAGCAGCAGUGACGAAGACGACCCGAUCACGGUAAAGCACACCAAUUGGAUUUCGAAAGCGAUGGGGGCAGCAGAGGACGACGAGGAGGACGAAUAUGGCGACGACAUGUUGCCAGCCGCAGACGACGAACCCGAUCGCCGUUCUUCACACGACCGUGGGCUGGCGGGUUAUUUUAACUUUUCUUUGGAGCAGGCAUCACCCCAAACGAACAGGCGACCCGUGAAAAUCACAACGAACGAAAGUGCAAUAACAAAUAGUGUAGUAUCCGAUGUGAGUGUCAGUGUAGAGCAGAGCAUUAGUGAUGUUGAUGAAGGGUCAAACGAAGGCAAUAGUAUCUUAGAUACCGCCCCGAUCAGUGAAAGUGAUGCAAUGAGCAAAGGUAGUGCAAUGGCGGCCGAUGGUGGUAGUGGUAGAUCUAGCCGUAACAGUAACAGUAGUGGUAGCCUUAAUAACAGUAGUAAGAAUGAAGAUGUAACGGUCGUGACAGGUGCGAAUACACUCUCGGCCGUGAUUUGUCUGGAGGAUGGUCUAGCAGACGACGAUUCGUGGGUGGAAGAAGCAAGUCAUGAUGAGGAAGAAUUUGCGACUACAACCGCAACCGAGUCGGAUAUCGACGAUUCUGGGGAAGAAAUUUCGUUGGGCGUUGAUCGUGAGGAAGAACUGCGUGGUUACAAUCGGGCGGCGAUCGAUUUCACUCUGCAUACCAUUGUGGAGGAAAGCUGCGAAGAUAGUGAGGCCGAAUCGAAUCGAACUUCAGAAUCGAAACGAAAAAAUCGCAUCUCAGCCUCGGAGCUUGAGAAAUAUUUCUUCUACGGGCUUGGGGAUGGUGCAUCCGGAUCGUUACCGCAAAAUUUCAGGGAUGAUAGCAUUUCCGAAAGCAGUUCCGUUUGCAGUGAGGGUUUGGAUUCACUGGGUGGCCCGGAAGAAUCGCUCGGAACUUCGGGCGAAUCGGCUGAUCUUGCAUCAUCACGGUUGGAAAAAUAUUUCCUCACUGGGUUCAUGGGAUUCACGGCAGAACGAAACGAAUCGGACGGCAGUGGCAGUGUUGGGAGUGACAGCGAAGGACACCCAAGUCCCGAGCAGCGCCGGAAGCGAUUAGUCCGGGCCAGAGGAGCUGGUCGCUCACAAAGUUCGUCUCUUGAUAACUUACUGGCGAAAGAUUCCGAAAUCGAGCAGCAAGGAGGCGAUGGACACGAGUGUCCUGAUUCAUCGGAAACGGACACCUGCGAUGAAUCGAUCAGUCAAAUGGACAAAAACGAAAGUUUAUACGAUACCGCCAAGCGGAAGAAAAAGUUCUCCAAAAAGACCGACAGCGAUGAUUUGAAAAAGCUCACGGAAAUGCAACAAAUCGCCCUCCCACAUAAGUCGGACAAGGAUGGUUCCGAAGAUGAGAGCCGAAAGACGCCGCAACCGGAUCUUCCCCUAAUGGGUUCACUUUCGGAAAGCAAGAAGCAAAACAGUCGCGAUAGUGGCUUCAUCGGCAGUAACGAUGAUCUGCUAAAAGAUGGCGAAACGGUGAGAUCACCCGAACUAAAGCUCGAGCUGGAGGAGAUCCAAGAGGAGAACAAAACUGAUCUCAAAGAAGAAAAUAGUUCCUUAAAAGCCCUCGCGAGCGAUCCUCCUCCGGUGAAUCUGGUUCGAAAGGACAGUUUCAACAAUUGGAGCUCGGACGAGGAAACAAAUCUGAUGAUGUCUAAAAUGAGACAGUUUUUCAAAACGCUGGUUGCUGCUUCUGCUAACAGUAAAGCGGCCUCCCGCAAUUCAACGCCAACAGUUAGUGAGCCGAACACUCCGAAACAUGGCACUCCAGUAGCGAAAAUACGCUGCAGAAGCAAGCCACCGCAGUUGGUGUACUUUGAGAAUGAAUUAACGCGACUGAUGAAAACGGUUCCCGGCAUAAGGGAUGAUCAAGUGCGGGAAAUAGUCGAAUAUCUCAGCAGUGAAGAUACCUGGUCGGAUUCGUAUGAUUCGUCGGACUAUACGAGCUCCGAUUUGGAAGGAGCGGUUCAACAAAAAUCUGUUCUACAGCAGCAGAUUUCCGCCAGCUGUCAGCAGAUCAUCAACAAGUUCGAUAUGCUGGAGAAAGACGAAGAAGGCGACAUGGGUGACGGUGGACUAAUUGAGGAACCACAUGCGUUGAACAAGGAAACCGCCUUCGUCUACCAGCGGCUGGUGGCGUCACUGUCGAAAAUGACGAAAGAUGAGGAAAAACCAACCAAUGUAACCAGUUCGCCGCCCCUGAUUGCCAAAGUGAUGCACCACAUCGGAAGCCGAUUGGUGGCACUGAUGCAUGAAGUAAGCAGUGGUGAAUCCCAUGCAAGUGCAUCCCCCAAGUCCGCCAAUAUACGAUACCAUCAACGAAAAGUGCAACCAAACAUUUCGGCCACAACGACAGAGGAUGAUGACAGUACGUCCGAAAGUAACAUGGAGAAGAAUGAAGAUCUGGGAUAUUUGCUACCACGAAGUAAAAGUCACGAUCUGCUGCUAGGGGACGCGAGGCCACACCAUCAUCAGUCUUCCAACAGUACGGAAAUGGCUGGAGAAGAAAAGGAGGCUAGUGAUUACGAGCGGUUCUCGUGGCGGGGAAGUUUCGAAUCGGCCUUACUGGCCAAUGGAGACUCACGAUCGAAACUGUCGAUGUUGGAUAAUUCGACAUCAUCGAUUUCGGUAUUGGCUGCCAAAAGACGGUCAGCGGGAGAUUUGUUAUUCAACAAUCAAAAUCUCAGCCGUGAACAGCUGGACAGGGUACGAAGUUGUGGCAGUAUAGGCGGUGAACGAGAGGACUUCGAAUCCUCCAAACUGUGGGGAUCAACCCAAAGUCAAACGACUGGCCGAAGACGCUCCAGCGUUGCCGAUAGUGACUCGGACGAUUCAACCUGCAACGACAAUCGGCUGGCAUCCCGUUCAACGCUACCUCGCAGUCUCCAGAACACCAACACUGCCGUCAACACGAACUCCCUUCCUCGGCUUCCGACCUCGAACAUCCAAACCAUCAUGCAAUCGGCUCCGACCAGUUCGGCGUCCACUUCCUCGAUGGUACCGAAAGGUGUCUACCAUUUCCUGCAGAACAACGUCAAGAGUGCCCGCUAUCGUGCUCCCGGUUUCAGCUAUCGGCCGCCCCCACCACCGAGCACACCGAAGCGAGCCGUCUCGGCACCGGGACUGCAGCAGCCGGUGUACCCGAGACGCGAACGACGACGGGUGCAGAGCAAUCUGAGCGAAGAAGCCAAUGCAGCGGAACCGGGUAGUUCGCCACUGUUUGGAGCAUCGGCCAACCGAAAUGGGGCCACUGGUGGAAGCAAUCAGGAACUCGCCAGCGCUAGCGCGGCCACUGCCGGACCGCCCGGGGCACACCGCAGCAUCGCAACAAGCCCGAUCGGAUCCACAACCUCGGAGCACUGGCCCUCGCAGUCAGACGAGGAUAUCGACCGGCUGGUGGCGAUGCACCAGAACCGGGCCUCGCUCAGUUCCCUCGGACUGCGCUCCGACUCGAUGGCUUCGGUUUAUUCGGGUGCCGGCGAGGGACGUUACGGUACUGUUACGGUUCGAGGUCAAAUCGAAUUCGGUAUGCAGUACAACUACAAGCAGGGCGCCCUGGAGAUACACGUGAAGCAGUGCAAGGAUCUGGCCGCGGUCGAUACCAAACGGAAUCGAAGCGAUCCGUAUGUCAAGGUUUACCUCUUACCGGAUAAAUCGAAGAGUGGCAAGCGGAAGACCAAGGUGAAGAAACACACGCUGAAUCCGAUUUUCGAUGAAGUGCUGCGAUUCCAUAUGUCUUUGAAUGGGCUGCAAACCAGAACGCUCUGGAUAACGGUUUGGCACUCGGACAUGUUCGGUCGAAACGAUUUUCUCGGUGAAGUUAUGAUGGGCUUACAGGAUAAGGUAUUCGAUAAUCCAGCGCCACAGUGUUACCAGCUGCAGGAGAGGAGUGAACCCUUCGAUGAUCUAUCUUCGUACAAGGGUGACAUCAUUGUUGGUUUGAAGUAUAUUCCGCCAGAUUCGGACGGCGGAACUCCGCAGCAUCAUCACCACAAUGGGGGUAGUGGAAGUGGUAGUGUAGGCGGUGGCAGCGCUGGUGGUGGAACAUUGAAUCUUCGCAAGUUCAGUACAAAGUCUAUAACCUCGACCUCGUCGAACUCCUCCGGUCACAGUAAGGGAGCACUGCACGUACUCGUGAAAGAAGCGAAAAAUCUGCAGCCGGUCAAGGCUAACGGAACCUGUGAUGCAUUUUGUAAGAGUUACCUUCUUCCGGAUAAGAAUCGUAGCUCGAAGCAGAAGACCCCAGUGAUGAAACGAUCCAAUUCACCCGUUUGGAAUUAUACGUUCAUCUACGAAGAUGUCUCUUUGGCUGAACUGUCCGAGCGAGCGUUGGAACUGACAAUCUGGGAUCACGAUAGGCUAGCCAGCAAUGAAUUUCUCGGAGGAGUCAGGUUCUCGCUGGGAACAGGCAAGCAUGGUAGCAAAUCGGUAGAUUGGAUGGAUUCCACGGGCAAAGAAUUGUCCCUUUGGCAGAACAUGAUUAAUCGACCAAACUUUUGGGUGGAAGGGGCUCUUGUACUUCGGCCCUCGUUAGAUAACGCGAGAUUCGCGUCAUAAUUUUACGAAAUCCCUGUAGAACACGUUUUGCGGGAAUCGUGUAGUAGUCGAUUUCCCGACACACUCCUAUCCUUGUAGCUCUCUGUAUUAGGAAGUAAUUGACACAAACACAUACAUACACAGAGAGAGAGAGAAAGCAAAAACAAAAAAAAACAUUCCAACUUUAUGAUGUUACUUUACACAGCAACCCAAUCCUAGAUUGUAAUCCAAUAUUUUAAGAUAGGACGCACGAGGAAAACGAAGCAUUUUUCGAACCUAACCUUAUGAACGACAAUGAUGCUUAGUGAUGAUCGGUGUUCAGCUAAAAACUAAAAAGUGAACUUGUUACGAUUGAGUAUCUUUUAUCUUCUUAAUUUUUUCGACAUUCUUUGUGUGUGUAACCAUGCAUAACUAUACACAUAUGAGAAAUGAGUAUUAUUUAUUCUAAUAAAUAUAUACGAGAAAUGUUGAUUUCCCUCCAAUUAUUCUAAUAAAUGUUUGUAUACUGCAAUUUCUAAAGUGAUUACUAUCUCUAAUACAAAAAAAAAAAAUAACAGUCAAAGUUGUGAACUAUACUGAGCAUGUACGUAUUUAUAGACCUACACAAUCUUUCAAGAAGAGUUUUUCAAAGCUGUGAAUCUUUACUAAUUCAUGUUGGAAACGAAAACAAAAAAAAAACAAACAACUUUUUGAGCUGCGUUCAAUGCAGAUGACCCUUACUAGCGUCUAUCGGAGGCAAACUUUUUGUUACGAAUGAUGACCGUGAAAUUAGACACUGUCAGACAGUGAGUUUUGUUGCAAUAUCAAUAUAGAGAAGAAGUAUAAAAAUGCUAUACACGUAAUAAAAUAGCCGACUUGUUAUCAUGAACAAAAAAAAAAUAGGAGAAAUCAACCACAAGCAAAGAAAUAGAAUGUGUAGCUUAAUAGGUAAACAAGUCGAGGAAUCUGACUGAUCGAGAAGCAUCUAAAGAGCUCACCUGCUAAUUAUUAUUGAAACUGGAAAGAGAGAAAAAAAACCUAGAUGAGGUAAAACCGUAAACAAAUUAUUACUAUUGUGAACUCAUACAAAUAUGAUAAGGAAACUGAUCACGUAAACACAACUCUUAUGAACAAAACUAAGUGAAAAAAAAGUAAAACAUUAAAUAUAUAUAGCAAACGUUUAAUCACUUCGAAGGUAAGACAUUUUCUUCGGUUUAUCAAUAGACAUUUUCAACAAUUUUCGAUGAAUAUAGUUGACCGAACCAUUGUAUACAUACUGUGACACAACAAACAAAUAGAAGAAAAAAAAACAAGAAACCUAGAAUUAGUAUUGGAACCGUGUGGAACUAAUCAUAGUGCUGAUCGAGAUAUACGUAGAUCAUUUCAAGCCAUACCACGUCUUGUCUGCAACCGAGUGGCACUGUGCUUGUGGUGGUGAAUCUUUUGCAAACUUGUAAUGAAACUAUAGUUAUACUUGUAGUAGUGGAUUUGUAUAUAACAAAACAAAAAUUUCGGUUCAUGUUUGAUUUCCUUGCUAUUUGGGCCGAACAGUCGCGGCAACGACUUUGAUAAUAUCAAAGCAAAUUUGUGCCAGGCUGAACGGUGAUGCUUUAGAUCUCGAAACUGUUUCCUUACAACGUUUCUUUUCAUCUAUUUUGAUGUUCGUAUCCAUUUAUCAUAAGCGAUUUUCUCCAUGAUGACAUAUAAUACCUGCAAACUAUACUUCAUACUUACAAUCUGUUGAGUAUUCAAUUAUCAACUUAAAAUAUUGAAAUUACAAUUAGUGAUGAAACAUUAAAACCAACACUAGGGCCAAAAUUUAGCUCACCUAAUGAAACUUAAAAAAAAAACAAGAUCUUCUCCAAGCUAUGACACGAUGCUCAAUUAGAUAAUUUCUAGCGAAUGGCUACAAUAAACGCAUGCAACUCUAAUAUCCUCAACAACAAAUUCAUUACAUACUAACUUUUAUCAACCACACACACACACACAUAAACGCUGUGCAAUCACUUUCGAAGAAAUUGUCAAAAAAAAAACAAUGUUCUCGAUCUAGCCGGAGUCGUGAAGCAUGCCGCCGUGCGAAAUAAAACUCAUCAAUCAUUAAUCUUAAGAAAGUAUAAUUAUUCAUUUCGACCAAACGACACGAACUCGGCGCAAUUCAAAUUGCCGAUUAUUGAAAAAGAAGUACGAAACAAACAAAACAAAAAACAGAACACGAUUGGAAACAAUAAACAUAUUUAUCACAAAAAAAAAAACAAACAUUUUUUCCUUCAGCCAAAAUCGCUCGAACUUUCCACAGAGGAAAAGUGAGCCAAAAACUGGCUUGAGAAUUGUGCGUCAUUGGAUUCGGUUUCGAUUUUCUGAUGAUUGGCGGUUCCAAAUUUUGCUUAGUCUAUUUUCCUGUUAGAAUAUUCAGCACACAAUAGAGCCAUUUGAUGAAGGAAUUAAUUAACCAUAGUAGUGCGUUCCGAGUUACUUCCGUUAAUAACAGAGUUAACCUAAACCAGCAAAAAAUUUGUUUCUCGCCAAGCGUACAAGAAAAGUGCGUAGAAAAUUAAUUUGUCGCGGUAACAUGUUGAGCAUUAGCAUGUGAUAGUGUCCGAAUUGUAGUACUGGGGAACCAGCGCAUAUGCUGCUGGGAAAAUGGAACGUUAUUAGUAGAACCAAACUAUUAUACCUAGUUCGAUUAUAGUGAGAAAAAGAAGCCAACUAAAAAAAAAGAAUGAACAAUUAUACACAUAUUCACUUUGCAAUAUACAUGAGAACUAAACCUGAA